UGUGCUGUUGCCCCAGCUGUGUGUGAUCUCUCCUCCUCGUAUGGCCGUACACGAGCUCUAUAUAAACAGAAACAGGCUUGCCCCUCUCAGCACACGCGCCUGGAUUCUCCUCGCCCCUCGCCUCCCUCCACCUGCAGAGAGCGCCACAAGAGCGCUUCGUUCUAGCAGCAGCGGACGAGGGAGACAAGAGGAGGAAGAGAUGGCAGGCCGUGAUGGAGCCAAGUCAUCGGCGUCCAUGGAGGAAGAGGCAUGCGGGGAGAAGAAGUACGGAGGAAUCGCACCCAAGAAGAAGCCUUUGAUAUCCAAGGUGGCUGAUGAUGUUUGGACCAAAGAACACGAAUGCCUAGCUAGAUUGUUAGAAGCUCUGAUGAUCACUCCCACUCACUCACGUCGCUCCUGCGUGUGUGCUGUGCGAAUGCAGGACCACGAGCGCGCCUACUUCGACUCUGCAGACUGGGUGCUGGGCAAGGCUGCGAACAGUAGCACGAGGGCCACCGUCGAGUCUCUGAAGCCCAAGCUGAAGAGAACGCCUCACCACCAGCUGCCCCCUCGCAAGCCCACCUGCGCUUCCGGUUGAGACGACCGGACCCAUGGUAAGCUUGAAGCUGCACCUGAAACCUGCACAGCUCAACGGCAUCAGCAGAGCUAUGUGCAAGUGCAAAAGACGCCGCACCGACAUGACCGUGUCCGUCCUUGCGUGUAAUAAACGUGUGCAGGCUACGCGUUGCAGCUGCUCGGAGGUGAGGGAGGGAGGACGCCGAGGCCGAGCUCACAUAAAUGUCUAGCUGGUCGGAAACCGUGGUAGGGACGAAUCCGAGAUGCAAUCUGGCUUGUUGGCCGUUGCAUUGCAGCACCUAUUGUGUCUUUAUCAGUUCGUUAUCAAUUAUCUGGCUUUAAGUUUGGCAUGGCACUUGGUGUUCGAAUGAACUACACAAGAGAGUGGACGAGAGAUUUUGCCUCCCAAAAAUGCGGGCAUUAGAAAUUUUGUUUC